AUGGAUGGGUCGGGUGGUCAUCAGCUGCCACUGGAAUGGCCGCAUCCAGGGCCGUAUGGCUAUGAUCCAUACACCAACACGUUCCUGCCAUUGCCGUACUAUGGCUAUGGAUUUGGUGUAGAGUAUAGCUGGAAUCCUCCAAACCAACAACAAGGCCCUGUUCCAGCUCCUUAUUCCAGCUCCUCAGUUCCAUUAGGUCGUGCUCCCAUGGCAGGGGCACAACGAGGAAGGGGUCGUGGUCGUCACGCACAACGAGGAAGGGGUGGUCGUCACGGCUUCAGCGCACCACGCCAGCAUGGUGGCCCUGGACUGCUAGGCUCCGACCCUUCAAGCCAGCCACCUGCGCAACUGCAGGCUCCAGUUCCUGUUCCUCUUCCCUCGGAGAAGAGGGACCCGACUCCUCCACCACCUGCUUCGUCAUCACCAAGCUCCCAUGCGAUGACUCCUCCCGUGUCAGAUCCGGUGAAAGAUUCCCAUGUCGUCGAUGUGUUAGUAGGCUUGGGUGGCAGCAGCACAUCAGCCACUGACAAGAAGAGGUUGCUGCCACUAGAUCCACCAGCACCCAUGAAGAGUUCUGAGGUCGAUGUGAGCAUGGCUCACAGGCAUGAUGACCAGGGUGAUGUGCUAGGGUUGAAUGUCUUCAUGGCAAAAAAGAGGCUGCUUUCAGCAAAGGCUGCUUUGGCCGCAGAUGCUGAUGCUGAGGAAGAGGCUAAGGCCGCCGCUAGGAAGAAGACUCGCCUUGGCUGGGGUCAGGGCCUUGCAAAGUAUGAGAAUCGUCGGUACAAGAAGGAUGAUGAGACUACACAUAAACUUGUAGCUCAUGAUGGAGCCACUGGUGAACCUGCUUCUUCUCACGGAUCAAGUCCGCCACUAGGAAGCAAAGGUCAUGGUGACAAUAACAGCUUGGACGACAUGGCCGAAAUGAGGGUUUCCCAUGUUACUACUGCGCCUGCAUUGUUCUCCACGGGGUCUAGUCGUCCACUAACAGGAGACCUCGGGGAUCCUACUAGGAAGAAUGGAGGCAUAGGCAGCUUGACUGAAAAAGCUGCUUCCCCUUCUAAAGUGCAUGCACGUUUCUCUCGCAAACAUCGCCCCUCACCUGCAGCUGAUUACCAGAACUUGAAGGCAGAUGGAUGCAUUGGUGAUCUUCGAAUUAUCUUCCCUAAAGUGUAUGCUGUCCCUCGCAAAGGUAGCCCGUCACCAGCUGCAGAGGACAACAGCAUGACGGCAAUUGCAGUGUCUGCGCUUGCUUCUUCCUCUCAGGGAUGUGAUGCACCACCAGAUGAAAGUAGCAUGAAAUUUACGAAGGUUCAAGAUGUUCCACCAAGAAUGGAAAAAGUAAUUGUUAAAAUGGUACAGAAGCCUAGGAAGAUUUUGCCGAAGAAUGUUUUGUCUGAUGAGGGGCCAGAAACUGAUGAGCUUCAGGGAUCGAAACUUAACGAAUGGUCACAGGAAGAAAAGGAUGUAUUUUCAGAGAUGAUUACAACAUUUGGUAUGAACUUUUCCAAGGUCUCAUCUUUUCUUAGGCACAAAACGACAGCAGAUUGCAUGGAGUAUUAUUCUGAGCACUAUAAAUCAGAAUGCCAUAAGGAAGCACAGAAAUGUCUGCCUACUACUGUGAUGCAAUCUCAAAAAAAAUGUUGUAAUGAGAAUGCUGCACCUCUUGUGUCUGGGAUAGCAACAGUUACAGCUACUAAAAAAUACGAAAGGAUGAAUGCCAAGGCAGAAGAUGUAAAGAAGCCUGAAAAUCAAAUUCGCCAUGAAUCUACUGCUAAUCUUCUAGCACACAGCCUUCCAGAUAAGGGGCAUGGUGAAUCAUCUAUGGAUGAACAUGAACAUGCAACUGGAAAAGUUUUAGUAGGUGAAUCGAAUGCUGCUCCAUCUCCACUUGGAAUGAGAUCUAGUCAAGCUGCCUGUUUGACCAUCUCCAAAACUGAGGCACCAGUGUUGGAGAAUUUCAAUGAGGACAGCUGUUCCAAUGAGGCAGUUUGCAUCACAAAGUCUUCGUCUAAGGUGAAGGAAAAUGUACCACAAAGUGUUCUGAUUGCAAACCAUGGUGAUGAAGGAAAUUGUGUGGCUGGUGGGUCAUGUGGACAGGAUACCUUGAAAAUAAUAUUUUUCCCUGAUGAGAGGAGUGCUAAGCUAGCAAAUGGUACCAUUAAAGGUGAUCAGAUCAAAAGUGGAGCUAAAACUGCUGAGCUCUGUUCUUCAUUGAAGGAAUGCAAUGAUGCUGCGAAGCAUCAUUCAUGGAAAGCGACAGAAAAGAAGCUGGCUAACUCAAAUAUUGAUGAUGGUAGAAUGGCCCCAUCUGAUAUGAAAAACCCUAAUAGCAAAGACAAUCCCUGGAUUACCUCUGAUCCAGCUGCUAUGUUAUCAGGUCCUGCAUUUGUACAGCAUAUGAUGGAAUUCGAUGAAGCAAUGGAGAAGAAAGAAUCAGAAAAAAAUGACGACAAGGUCAAAGGCAAGGAGGGACCGGUUCUCUGUGUUGCAUCAAAACAUGGCAGUGGUAUACAGAUGAGGUUCGAAGUGAAUUCACAGAAGGAGAUGGAAAAAGUUGAUAGUAUCGCAAGCCCAGAAGGAAAUGAUCUCAAUGCAGACAUGGAAACUCCUACAAAGGACAGCAGUCCCUGGGUUGACACUAAUGCUUCUGUAGUAAGAGAUGAUGGUCUCAUACAGCGACUGAGGGCUUCAGAAGCAAUGUAUAGAAACUCAGAAAAUAAUGAUGCUAAGGUCAAAAGUAAGAAGGGAAAUCCUGUGCACAGUGUUGUUUCAAAAGAGAGCAAUGGUAUUCAAUUGAGUUGCAAUGUUACUGCUCAGAAGGGGAAAGGUAUUGUCCCAAGUCCUGAAGUGAAUGAUCUCAAUGCACCUCCUAUGCAGAUCUCAAAUGGAGCACCCAACACUUACCAUCUGCCAUCAAGUUCUGGUUCUGCUGCCUUGGACAUGGUUCAUGCAAACUCUUCUUACGUUGCAAUGGAUAUAGAUCUGAAUUUACCGCUUGAUGUGACACCAAUUGAUGUGACCUUAGUAGACCUGGGGAGAAGUACUGCUGAAGCUUCCAUGGGUCGCAGUAGCGAGGCAACAGAUUCUGAUGCAACAAUGGAGAUAAGUCCCUCACAGACUACUACUACUGUAACUCAAACUGCUCAGCAGCAACCUGCUAAUCAACCUGGCUCUAUUGUGCUUUUUGGUCGUGUCAUCUAUCAAGCUCCAUCCACUGGGACAACAAACAAUACUCCCAAUCAGGGAAACCAGACUGUUGUCUCCUCAUGCAACAUGCCGUCUAAUCCAGUGGUUCCUGUGAUAAGGCGAAGAGGCCGUGGCCAAGUAUAUCCUUCAUGGGCUACUACUACUAGCGUUUGGAGAAAUAGUAUCCCAAACAACCAGCAGGGCCAGCAAGCAAUGUUGUCAAACAGGAUCCUUUACGGUAGUUCGUCUAAUGGUGCUUCAACUUCUGCAGCUUCGCCACUCCAGCUUCAGCUUCAGCUUCAGCCUGGAAGCAGUGCCCAUCUCAACAUGAUGAACCAGCACAGACAACCGGCUCUAGCAAACAUCACUCCAUACAGCAUAAUGAGAGGUGGUGUACCUGUAGUGCCCUCUCCUCAUCUGGUACAAGGAAGCAGCAGCGGUUCUGGCUUGGUUAACUUUAAUGGCUUCAAUUCGGUCCAACAGCAGUGGCCAUUCCCUGUCGUGGAUACAAGUAGAGUGGUGCUUGGCUACCCUUUCUACUACCCUGGCGCCACUGCAAACCAAGCUCCUGCUAGAGUUACUACCAUGCUAUCUAUUGGAACAAAUAAUGGAGAAGGCGCAUCAACAAGCAACGCUAGGUAA